AUGAACAGGUUUCGUGUAUGCACCCGCUCCUUUGGCGACUCCGACGAGUCGGCCUCAGAUUUCGACGACGAUGACUCCGGCCUUCCAUUCCCUGAACCUCUCAGUCGCUCCUCAUUCCUCGCUCCCAACUUCGACCCCGCUGUAUAUUUAUCAUCCCUGACCAAUCGGCACCAAAGUCUUGAGGACCUACGACAGGAACUACGGAACCUGGAUCAAUUGCUCAGCCGGGAACUGUUAGACCUGGUUAAUGAGAACUACCGUGAUUUCCUGUCGCUUGGUGGUGCUUUGCACGGAGGUGAAGAGAAAAUCGAGCAGGUUCGGGUUGGCCUGCUGUCGUUUCAGAGGGAUGUUGAGGCAAUACGGUACAAGGUCGAGGCGAGGCACAAGGAGAUGGAACAACUCUUAAGUGAGAAGAAGCAUCUCAAGGACCAUGCAAACAUUGCCCGGGCGCUGUUGGACUUUGCAGAGCGGGUCGAGGAGCUGGAGAAACGGUUGAUGAUUGACGAUGCGCGCACACGACAUCCAAGCGAAUCCGUUGAGGAAAUCGACACAGACUCAGAUCUGUUUGGCAGCGAAGUUGAUGAGAGUGAGGAUGAAGAACAGUCUGGCGGCUCAGAGACAACACCGCUGGUGUCUCUGAAGAGACUUCAGAACCACAUCCAAAAAUACGUCUUCCUCACUCGCCUUUCAGCGCGCAUCGGCGAUGACCAUCCUUUCUUUCGCAAUCAGCAGCCUCGGUUAUCAAAGAUAAGAGCUACGGUACUCGUGGACCUCAAGACAGCGCUCGAACAAGCGAAUCAUGCUGGCGAGAAGCGGGAUACAAAAACACUGGCCGUGUUGCGUCUUUACAAGCUGAUGGGAGAGGACACCAGCGCAGUGACUGCACUGAAGAACCUGAAGAUUUAG